AUGCCGAGCGCACUCUGGGUGCUCUUGCCCGAUGCGGUGCCCGUUCUCGUGGCGACGCCGACUUGCAUGAACGCAGAGGACCUUGCGACCGUCGUCAAGCGCGACUUUUACGCGACGAUGCCGCCGCUGCACCUCUCGGUGCACACGUUUGACGGUCGGCUCCUGCGCGCCCACGAGCUGCUGCCGCACGUUAAUGGCCCCGAGAGUCCACUAAGCAUUGCUUUGCUCGAGCAAGAGCUGCGUGCGGUCCAGGAAGAGCCAUCGGCCCUUCGAUUCUACAAGGACCUCGAUCUCGCCCGGCUCGCAAACAUUGCCGAGCCGGCCAAGCAACACCUCGUGCUCUUGCAGCCAAUACCAGGCUCGCAUUCGACCCGUCUCUUUGUCCGGUCGAUCUAUCGGUCGCUCGUGGCCGAGAUCCUCGUGGUGCCGACCGUGCUCGUCACGGGGCCGGGCAAGUCGACCUUUCUCAUCUACCUCCUCUGGACGCUCGUGUGGACACGUCAUCGCGUCCUCGUCUUCUUCAACGAGGACGUCGUGCUGCUGGAUCCGCUACACGGCGUGGACGCCAUCGAGGUGCUGCCGCCCUUGACAGACGAUGUGUUUUGGGCCUUGGAUCUCUGGGUGCUUCUCGACACGACUGCUACCGAUCAGGCGGCGAUUCCGUUUGGCAAGGUGCACAGCGUCCGUGUGGCCCAGUCGGCGAUAACGCGCUGUGCCCUUGCGACGACGCAUAUCGCGCUGCCCGACUGGGACGCCGCCGAGCUGGCGAUGGCGGCGGCCACGUGCGGCGUGCGCACAACUGCGCCAACACUCGGUCCAUGA